AUGUACUACUCCAUUCGCCCCUUACACAGCGCUCUUCAUCUUCUCAAGCCCUCCUCCAUAUUAAACCACAGAGCUUUGAUUUCUUGUAAUUACACGGACCCUGAAGAUGAUUCCAUCAAACCCAGUCUUCAAACACAGAAUUCAUCACACAAUAUUCUAAAAAUACAAUUCUUGAUUCAAUUACUACGAAAUGGGUCUCCGCCAACCCCUCACAUUCUCAGUAAAACCAUAUCCGACUGUACAAAAUCAAGCCUUCUGGACUUGGGAAUUCAAGUCCAUUCAGCCAUUGUCAAGCUGGGUUUUUCUCUCAAUCCUUAUAUUUCAAGUGCUCUUGUUGAUAUGUAUGGUAAAUGUUGGUCUAUCUCGAAUGCCCACAAGGUGUUUGAUGAAAUGAAUUGUCCAAAUGUAGUCACUUGGAAUUCUUUGGUUUCUGGUUAUUUGCAAGCUGGCUAUCCUUUGAUGGCAGUAACUUUGUUUUUAGAGAUGUUAAAGAAAGGGAUUGAACCCACCCCUUUCAGUUUAUCUGGUGUUCUUGUGGGCUGCUCUCAGUUACAAGCUGGAAAGCUUGGAAGUCAACUCCAUGGUUUGAGUUUGAAGCUAAGGUUUUUGUCUAAUGUUGUUGUUGGUACAGGAUUAAUUGAUAUGUACUCAAAGUGUUGCAAUCUUGAGGAUUCGAGGAGAGUGUUUGAUAUAAUGUCGAACAAGAAUGUGUUUACUUGGACUUCAAUGAUCUCGGGUUAUGCUCGGAAUCAGUUACCUCAUGAGGCAAUGGUUUUGAUUAGAGAAAUGCUGCAUUUGGAUCUUAAACCAAAUGACAUGACUUAUAACAGCUUGCUAAGUUCAUUUUCACGUCCUCAUCAUUUUGAUCAAUGCAAGCAAAUUCAUUGUCGGAUAAUAGCGGAAGGGUUCGAAAGUAAUAACUAUAUAGCUUCUACCCUUGUUACUGCAUACUCAGUAUGUUGUAGUAGCUUGGAAGACUAUAGGAAGGUUUGCUCAAACAUUAGAAUAUCAGACCAGAUUUCAUGGAAUGCAGUCAUAGCUGGUUUUUCUAACUUAGGCAUUAGUGAAGAAGCUUUGGAAUGUUUCAUUCAAAUGAGGCAGGAAAAUAUUGACGUAGACUUUUUCACAUUUACAAGCAUUUUUAGGGCCAUAGGGAUUACUUCAGCUCUAGAAGAAGGAAAGCAAAUUCAUGGUCUAGUUUAUAAAACUGGAUAUGCCCUAAAUUUAUUUGUCCAAAAUGGUCUUGUGUCUAUGUAUGCUAGAUGUGGUGCUAUCGGUGAUUCAAAGAAAGUGUUCUCGAAGAUGAAUGAACACGACUUAAUAUCAUGGAAUUCAUUGCUUUCAGGAUGUGCUUACCAUGGAUGUGGUGAAGAGGCUAUUGACUUGUUUGAGCAAAUGAGAAGGACAUCAGUCAAACCAGAUAAUACCUCCUUCCUUGCUGUGCUCACUGCAUGUAGUCAUGUUGGUUUGCUGGACAAAGGACUUGAAUAUUUCAAGUUGAUGAGAAAUAGUGAAUUGCUUGAACCCCCAACACUGGAGCAUUAUGCUACAGUGGUCGACCUUUUCGGUCGAGCAGGAAAGCUUCAAGAAGCUGAAGCUUUUAUUGAAAGCAUUCUUAUUGAACCAGGGACAUCAAUUUACAAAGCUUUGCUGAGUGCUUGCCUAAUCCAUGGGAAUAAAGAUAUUGCCAUUCGGACUGCAAAAAAGCUUCUGGAACUAUAUCCACGUGACCCAGCAACUUACAUCAUGCUGUCAAAUGUAUUGGGGAGAGAUGGUUAUUGGGAUGAUGCUGCUAGGAUAAGGAGGCUAAUGUUCAAUAGAGGAGUCAAGAAAGAUCCUGGUUUCAGUUGGAUAUGACUUCACUAAGGGAGAAUUUUCAGGAUAGGUUAUGAUCCUACAAGGCAAAUGGUUGACAGUCUAAAAACUUCUAAUGGGUUUGUAGGUAAACUUCCUCAAAGAUCAUUGUAUGAUUGUCUUUCAAGUCUAUUCUCUGAAACAAGGUUCGUUCAUGUCGGCGAGUGUUACUUACUGUGUGGUCAAAGAUUGCUGGCACUUGGGUUAGUCCCUUUCGGGUGAAGAAUUUGACAUAUACAUGAUUCCUAGCUCUGUAUUUAUUCAAAACUAACUUAUUUUUGGUAGAUCAAUCACACUGGGGAUUUCACCAAGAGUUAUCACUUAUUCUAUGAGCCUUCCGAGCUGCAAUUGUUGAUGUUGAGACUCGGAAAGAGAGUAUGGUAUUCCUUUAUUCUAUUUUUGUUUAGUCUGUGAUCCUAAAGAGGGAAAGGUAUACCAAAAAAACAAAAAUGGAUCUCCGGUUCUCUAUAUCACAAUUUUGAUU